CGGAAAGAUUUAACUUAUCUACCCCGACAUGGAUCCCGCUGUGGAAGUCCCCGCUAAGGACAUUGAACAACUCACAGACGAGCGUGAUGUUCUUGAAGCGCAGCGAGAUCAUUACCGGGACCGAUGUGAGGAGUUAACGACUGAGCUCAAUGAAUGCAAGCAGCAGCUUCAAGGCAAAUUCCAGACAUCAAAAUGCGCCACUGAUCCGUCCAUAUUCGAUAAUGAGAGUCUAGAGAGAUUGCAAGAAUGGCAAAAGUGUCUGAACUACUGCAUUGAGGAAAAGAUCGAGAGAAUGAAGCUGGAGGGGAAGGAGAUAUCACCAGAAGCGGACGGAGAGAAGCAGAGAAUAGGAGACCAGUCGAGGUGCAGUAGCAAUAAGCAACGCUACGAGAUGGAGCUUCCUUUCAGCCCCAGUAAUUUGUCGGGGUUUUUGACGAAGAAUCACAAACUUACGCAAGGCCGCACCCAGUAUCCAGAGCCGCGGCCAAAGAAACCUUAG